AUGCGGGGGCGAAUGGCCAUGGGCAGGACGUUUGGAGGGGAAGGGUUCCAUUGCCUGCGAGAUGAGCUGAUGCCGCCACCGACACCGAUUUCCCACAGGGACGUAGCCUCCGAGGGCCCUCGCUGCUACAUAGGAGUUUGCACGUUCCAGAAUCAAGGAAAGAAUGGCGAGAACCAGGACUCCUACAUUGCCACUGAAAAUGGCACAAAGAGUUUGGUGGCAGUUCUGGAUGGCCACGGUGAACAAGGCAAACGAGUCUCAGAGUUUGCUCGAUCGCAGCUGGCAAAGAACCUUUAUGCCAGUAAGGAACUCUACACGAAGCCAGCAAUGGCCAUGGAGAAUGCUUACGCAGAAACACAGCGUGGCAUAGAGCGCAGCCACACCAUUGACGCUCAGCGUUCCGGGACGACGGCUGUUGCAUGCUAUCGACAUCGAGACCGCCUGGUUGUGGCCAACGUUGGUGACUCCAGGGCAGUGCUCGGAAGAUGUAGCUCCAGAGAGGGCGAGUCCCACGCCGGCUUGAGAGCUGUGGACCUCUCCAGUGACCAGCGGCCCAUGCGCGAGGACGAGCGCACACGGAUCGUGCAGCAGGGCGGCCUGGUGCACCAGAGUGCCAUCCCAAUGCGACAAGGCUUUGGCCCACCAGUGCUUGUACGAGUUGGGCCCGAGCGGGUAUGGGACAAGACUGGCCGCUGCGGCUUGUGCGUGACACGCUCACUAGGAUUGCUGGGGAAGUGCUGGAGAUUUAGUCCUGGAAUGUCCUGGAGACAUCUGGAGCCUAUACAACUCACACUAUGUCGUUAUGGUAGCGAUAUCAAAUGUGUGACGCAAUGCUCCGGUUGCGGUGAUUCCUUUUCCUCGCGCAAUGCUCUGUUCCGACAUUUGCGAGAACACGGCUGUGGCAGCGGCGUUCGGCGCCGAAGUCGAAGAUAUUUGGUUCUCUACGGUUAUGUCGGCACAAACUAUUAUGGUAGUCAGUUUAAUACCGCGGCAGAAGAGGCACGAUUUCCCACGGUUGAGGGUGCAUUGCUAGAAGCUAUCCGACGAGCUGAACUGGCACAGCCCGCCGUUUCUGGAUGCUCCGUGGACAUCUGCUCACGAGCAUCACGAACAGACAAAGGUGUGCAUGCUCUUGCGAGUGCUCUGUGCCUGCGCAUCACUCAUGAAUUCAGCUGUCAAUCUAAAGACCUCAAGCAAUGCUUUGAGACACUGAAAGAAUACCUUCCACGUGAUAUCUCAGUGAUUCACGUGUUCGAUGUCUCAGACCCGGAAUUCAAUGCUCGUUUUGCGUGCCAGAAACGUGAGUAUUGGUACUAUGUGCCUUACUGCUAUUUGUUGCAGCCGGAUGAGCAGCAUGCCAUGCGCAAGUUGCAAUCUGAUGGUAUGUCAUCCAAGGAUCCUUUGGCUUGUCAGGUGUGGGUCUCAGGUUUGCCAGAGAGAACAAGUAUCGAAGAAUUGAAAGAUUUGGUGAGAAGCCUUCAGAAGGGCGAGCAUUGCGAGCCCAGCCCACAAUCAGAUCAAUCAGCUAGAGAUCGCGCCGACGCAUUUGUGGCAACAGAUUGCUCACUGCAGGAAGUCCAAUUCUCUCGCAAAGAUGGUUCUGCAAUACUCAUUUUCAAAGAUGCAGCCCUUGCUUUGUCACUGUGCUGGAAGAUGGAUGGUGCAGAGGGACCACCAGAUGCUCAGGGUUUUCGGGCCCCUCUCUUGGCGUUGCCUCAGUCUGUGAUGCACCUGCUGCAGAAUGUACAUAAACGGUUGCGAUCUUCGUUAAAGAAAUUGACCGGCACGAGGUCAUUCCACAACUUCAGUCCAGGCUUUUCUGACGCCUCUGAUCCCAAAAGCAUCCGCAGUGUAUAUCGAUGCAGAUCGGGCGUUACCACUGGUUUCAGAGAUUUUCUUUCCAACAAAGCCUUCGCUGUGCUCCGCAUCACUGGAAGAGAUUUUUUGUACCAUCAGAUUCGUGGCAUGGCUGGGCUUGUGUGCGCUUUGGCACUGGGAGUCCUUCCAAGUGACUAUUUGGAUCUUGCACUCAGCAACGAAGCAAAUGUUGAGGUGCCCUUGGCACCAGCUGGAAAUCUUGUCCUGGCUGAAUGCAUCUUCAGGGACGGUCAAUUUGCUUGUCCCUUUGGUCAGGCAGUGCGUGAAGAACGCGACAAGAAUGGAGGCCGGCGAGGCCUCCCUGGGCCCGCUGCAUGUGCCAAAGAACGAGAUCUCUCCAUGCAUCCGUUUGUUAUUGCGCAGCCAGAGGUCUCGGAGAGGACAUUGUGCCCCAAGGAUAAAGUGCUUAUCCUUGGGAGCGAUGGUGUCUGGGAUCGAAUCAAUUCUCAGGAGGCAGUGGACAUUGCUGCCAAGCACACAGACCCUAAUGCAGCUGCAAGGGAGAUUGCCAGCAUAGCUCGGCAGCGAUGGCAUGCGGAGACGCAGGGCCAACUGUCAGAUGAUAUCACUGCAGUGGUGAUGCACCUGGACCAUACGGAUCCAGCAAUGCGAACUUCUCCUCCGCGACCGAGCUCAAAGAACCGGACCUUGCUGCCAAAUCCCACACUUCCCAGGCCUUCCCUGGCCGACACAGCCCCAGUGAAGGCCCGUGCGCGGCGUUUGGAGCCGUUGCGAAGUACGCGCGCUGAGAGGCUUGGCCUUCUUCACCUACCGGCUGCUGGCCUUCCUACCCGACGCCGUGGCUGA